AGCAGCAGCCGGAGAGACGGGCCACGACGAAGUAGGACAUGCGCCGCUGACGGCACAUGAGUUCACCGAGCGAGCUCGCGACGGAGAAAAGGCAGGCGAUGACACGUGCGGCGCCGAACCGAGUGUGCAGACGAUCCGGCGCGCAGACGCACGCGUCCGCAUCGUAGCAGACGCACGCUGCAGCGAAGUCGGCGCCCUGUUAUAGCAGACGACCAUUUUUUGAGAGAGCGAGAGCGCGCGCGAUUCGAGAGAUCGGAUACUUACGAAAGAUUUCAGCAGAAACGACGAGAAAAGGACAAUCACGUAGGGAAUGGACACGUGCAUAUUAUAGCAGGCGAUAAUUUCUGUAGGCAGUGUCUCCGGGUUGACCGCGAAGGAAGGAGAAGAGAGACGUACGUGUGCAAACGAAACAGAAACAUAUUAUUUUCUUGUGAAUGCGCUUCGACCGUCUCGGCGCGAAGAAAUUCGUGCAACGAAAGACAAGAAUAUACUCGAAACAAGAAUGUGAGACAUAUAACACAUUAUACAUAAAAUAAUAUACACACAGAUUUACAGAUAAACACAAAUAUGUGCGCGUCGGGGCAUGACUGAGAUAUCAAGUAUUGUGAUCACAGCACAAACCAUAGCUGAGGGCGAAACCUUUCGCGACGGAUAUAUAUCAGCGAUGUAAUAACGUGUUGGGAAAUUUACCGCUAAGUGCUGCAUGAUUGACUAGAUUCGUCGCGCAUCUGUGGAGGCACUGCUCAAAAAGGCAUGACACCGGCCAAAAGUUGCCCCCCUCCACCAUGACAUCCCGGAUACUGCCGCUUGUCACGACACUGGUUAUUUGUACAGUUCUGUCAACUGUCCACGGACGUUUGACGGUCACUGCUGUCCAUAAGGAUAUACACGUCGUCACGACAACGGUAAACCUAUGGACGUUUUUCGGCAAUGAUAGUACCAUAUGUGGUGCCUGGUCCAACAACCAGGAGUGUAAUGCCACUACCGCCGGGGCACAUCCACAAGAUGGCGUUGCGACGACAACAGGGCCACUUGAGAGUGACUUGCGGGAUGUGAGUAAUAGCAGAAAUAGUACGGGCAAAAUUAUCAGCAAUGUCACAUCGGCAGCAAUGCAACCUGUGGGCAACAGCGGCACGACGACGACAACCACUGCGAAUGUACAAAGUCGAGACAAUGGAAACACUACUGCAACGGUGCCCAUAGAAAAUGUAGAUAGUGUGGACAAUAGUAACACUAUGGUGGUGACAACUCAAAAGCUGUUAACUACGGACAGUGGUAGCACUACAAUAGCACCAAGUGCACAGUUACAGAGUGAUCGCAAUGUAGGCAGUAUAACCAAUACCAGCGAUGAGGUACGUCCGACAACUGUACAUUCGCAAAUGGCACAAACUACUAAAGGUGACAUCAGCACACAGCUAUCUCACACGGCAUCGCGCGGGCAACACGAGAAUGUUGAAGAUGAUGUCAUUCAUCUCAGACCCUCUGAGACAUCAACAGAACCUGUGUCCUACCUGCGAGUGUCAGCACAGAAAACAACUCCGACCGUACCAACUACCUCAUACACCAGUGCCUACACCUCACCCGUGACUACAUCAACACGAGAUACUGAUACCAGUGAACCUAGUUCGAAGCCUGUGAUAGAAUCGCCACAAAAUGGUGACAUUCUCAGUACACGACUGCCACAACAAACUGAAGUGAUUAUCAACACCGUUCAGCCAACACAAACUGAUGGGUCGUCCGGCCCGCAUCUGCCCCCACAAACUGAUGACAUCACCAGCACUCUUGCGUCGACGAAAAUCGGUGGAGUCGCUGACGCUGUGAUAUCAACCGACGGUUCCUCCGUGCAGACAACACUCCGGCAGAAGGAAGCGCGUGAGAGCGGCAUACCAGUGUCCUCUGUCUCAAGCGAACUUGCGAUGGAGAGCAUGCCCUCGCAGGACACCACGCCCGACACCACCAGACCACGGGUGCGCGGCGAGGGAAUCCGCGACACCGUUAACUUGCAGCUGGAGGAGGGUGCGACAGGCGCGGUGCUGCUUCCCUUCUCCAAGCUGACGCGCGGCGCGUCGUACUCGGUGCGUGCGGUCAGCAUCGGUGCUGCCAUCACGGUGCUGGCCCUCGUCGCGCUCGGCGCCACCUUUGCAAUGCUGCUGUGGUACCGACGGACACACUCGCGUCGCUACCACCCGCAGCAUUACCACGACGACAUCAAGCUGGUCGAGAUCAGCAGCGUGGGUAGCAUCAGCAGCAGAUCCAUCGUCACCGUGGGAACGAGAAAGUCUCAGUGCUGAUGCAAAACCAUGGUUUUGUACGACGCGGCUACAUAGGUGAACUAUUAAUACUGAUUGAUAUUUAGUAUAGAGACAUCCAAAUUGCAAUAUUGAUGCAUCCGUACUAAAAGAUGAUCACAUCUGAUCAAGGAUUUAUUGGAAGUGAUGAUGUCAUAACCUUUCCCAUUGAUUCUCGAAAUUGUAUGAGUCUGGUGAAAAAUCAUUGUGUUUGAAACCAAUGUCGUUUCCCAAUGUCCAAUAAAAUAUGACAUUAGCGAUGAGCCUACAUUUACUUCAUGAUAUUGAUUACUUCAUUCAUUGCAGUAAAAAGCUAUUAUCACAUUGUUAUAAUUGUUAUACUGCGUUGCAUGUUUAAAACAUGUCUAUUAACAAUGCAUAUUGAAAUGACAUAAUAUGUAAUGAAAAAUAUAUUUAUACUUUAAAAAUAAAACUCAAUUAUUGAAAAUUAGA